AUGAACGGAACAGAGGGAGAUGCAUUCUACGUGCCUAUGUCUAAUGCCACCGGCAUUGUCAGGAGCCCAUAUGAGUAUCCUCAGUACUACCUGGUGGCCCCGUGGGCAUACGCCUGCCUGUCUGCCUACAUGUUCUUCCUCAUUCUCACCGGGUUCCCUGUCAAUUUUCUCACGCUGUACGUCACCAUUGAGCACAAGAAGUUACGUACACCCCUCAACUACAUUUUGCUGAAUCUUGCUAUUGCUGACCUUUUCAUGGUUUUUGGCGGUUUUACCACGACGAUGUACACCUCGCUGCACGGCUACUUUGUGUUCGGACGCCUCGGCUGCAACAUUGAAGGCUUCUUUGCUACCCUGGGUGGUGAAAUGGGGCUCUGGUCCCUGGUUGUGCUGGCCAUCGAGAGGUAUUUGGUUGUCUGCAAGCCCAUAAGCAACUUCCGCUUCGGAGAGAACCAUGCCCUCAUGGGUCUUGCUUUCACUUGGUUCAUGGCCUGCACCUGCGCCGUGCCUCCCCUGGUCGGCUGGUCUCGUUACAUCCCUGAAGGAAUGCAGUGCUCAUGUGGAGUUGACUACUACACUCGUGCCCCUGGCAUCAACAACGAGUCCUUUGUCAUCUACAUGUUUGUCGUCCACUUCCUUAUUCCAGUUGCUGUUAUCUUCUUCUGCUAUGGUCGCCUUGUGUGCACAGUAAAGGAGGCUGCUGCCCAGCAGCAGGAGUCUGAGACCACUCAGAGGGCUGAGCGUGAGGUCACCCGCAUGGUCAUAAUUAUGGUCAUCGCUUUCUUUAUUGCUUGGCUCCCCUAUGCCAGCGUGGCCUGGUAUAUCUUCACCCACCAGGGAAGUGAAUUUGGACCUGUCUUCAUGACAGUGCCAGCCUUCUUUGCCAAGACAUCUGCCGUCUACAAUCCUUGUAUCUACAUCUGUAUGAACAAACAGUUCCGUAACUGCAUGAUUACCACCUUGUGCUGUGGCAAGAACCCCUUCGAGGAGGAAGAGGGUGCCUCCACCACUGCAUCCAAGACCGAGGCAUCAUCUGUGUCUUCCAGCUCCGUGUCUCCUGCAUAA